AUGGAAGAUGAAGAAAAUGUAUCAAAUGUGGAUGAAUUUUUACGAGAGAAUGGCUGCAAGAUCUCGACUUCUGUCGUUGGUGUCAUAUCACGAAGUGACGAUAAGAUGAUAGAGGAAGAACUGUUUCUUAGUGACGCAGAAGGAUGUCAACCAACGUCCAUUUAUAGCUGUAAUAAUCAAAGGAGAAGGACUCAUUCUCCACGUUUUGUGCUUUUAGAAGAUGAUGGACUUGUAAUGGCAAAAGAAGAAACAACUGGACGACUUUGUAUGGAUAAAACAAGUCACAAGACACACGAUCAAGGUCAAGACAAGGGUCAAGACAAGGAUCAAGACAAGGAUCAAGAUAAUCGAGAUUUACUGGAUCAAUUGAUGGUCGUUAAAAGCUCAGAAUUCUCUCGAUUGAAUGACACACCACGUGGAAACAAGAGCGAGCAAGAGAUGAUGUUGUUGAUGUCACCAUCUGUCUUCUCUUCAUCCUCUUCGUCGUCACUGCGGCUGGAACGCCAGCCUGUGGAUGAGCAAGACUUGACGCCUUUAUCAUUAUCAGUGUAUCCAACUAUGUCGCAGCAAAAGGAGAUAGAACGGGUAGAGAUGAUAUCGGCAACAUCGUCUGUCUUACGCUCGCCAUCAUCAUUCAGGUCGUUGUCACACUCGCAUGCAAGUUCGUCCGUUUCGUCCGAACGAGCGAUGGAUGAUGAGUUGAAUGAUGCAUUGGGAAUGCCUGGAUCGUCCAAUGAGACGGACAAAUUGGGCUUAUCAUCGAAAGUAUCAAGAGAGAAGGUUGUUACGCACAAGAGGAAAACAGGGAGUGACCAAGACCGGCAGUCACAACAGUCGACGGCGUUGCUUACGCCAAGAACGCAACGAGCGCUCUUUAUUGAUGAUAAAAAGGCAAAACGCUUGACUGAAAAGGGUGUUGCUGACGAAGAUACUGUCAGAUUGAUGCAGGGAUUGCGGUUAGCUCCAUCUACUUUAUUGUAUAAGGAUCAAAGGCGUAGAUUCAGUCAACCGCGAAGUGAAGAAAGUAUGUCAGUGAUUAAUGAAGCUGAUGAAAAGAAAGAGGACAUUGGCGUUAAGAGCAACUUUUGUGCUGCUGUCAAGAGCGAGCGGAACCCCACAUGCGAAGACGUAGGUGUGAUUGAUGAGGGUGCUUGGAGCGGACUUAAUGAUCUGUUGCGUAAAAAUGGGCUUUCGGUUGUUCGAUUUUGUAAUGCUGGAUCAGAGGUGCUUCCAGACCGGGAGUCACUCUUCAGCGUUAUUCACGACUUUGGCGUGCAGUUGGAACAUAAAAACGCGAUGAUUGAAGAUCUAGUUAUAACAUCUCAACGCAAUUUAAGGGCACGAAGUAGGCUAGAGGAUGAACUUCGAACUAUUGAAAAGAAAAAUGUGGAAUUGCAAAAGACUUUGGAGAAGGCAAAAGCGGAAACCAAACGCCUGGAGACUUUGCAGGAAAAGGAAAGUAAAAGCACGGAGCUCUUGUCAAAAAAGCUCAAAAGUUCGUGUCGUCGACUGCAGCAACAGCUCAAGGUCAGCGAGCAUCGCGUCAAAGCUAAAGAGAUUGAUGUCGAGAAAUUACAGGCCAAGCUUCAGCAGCAGGUAGAUAGGAAUACCUCGAAUAGGAUGCGAGACCGACGCGCCUUCCACAACCUUUGGGACCGUGAACCACGACGUGCUAACCCACGUGAUAUCCAUGCGCUUGAGUCGAUAAGUGUGUAUGAAGCGCAGCGUGAGCAGAUGAAUGAAGAGAUCGCGAAUCUCAAGCUACAAGUGGCUGCGCUAAAUAGCGAACUUCGUGACAAGGAUAACUUUAUUGCACGGCAGGCACGUACGUUGUUAAAAUCUGAUCCUCCAGUUUGGAAGCAAUGCUUCGAUGAGAGCUACUCAGACCAUGAGUUAUCUGGAACCCAAUACGGACUAUCAUCUGUCAUUUCGGACGAAGUGAUGCUAGAGCAACUUGAAGCGGCCCGGCGUGAACAAGAAGUGGCUGCAGCAAAGUUGCGGCAUCGUGAGGCUGUUAUGGUCAAGAAAGUUGCAAUGAUUGAAGAGGAACUGCUAGCAGCUCGUGAGGCUAUCGGUAAACUAAACGAAGAAAAUGCGCACCUAUUAUCGGAGAUGAAGUCACGUCCAAGCAUACGUGACUACCGCCAAAGCCAGUGUCGUGUCCGUCAGUUGGAGCAGCAGAUAGCGGAGAAAAAGCUUGCAUUAGAAGAAGCCAGCGACUUUAAUGAAUUGUACAAGUCUGUGGGGACGAAAGAACAUGUGGAACGUGACCGUUUGAAUCACCGAUUGAAUCUUAACCGGCUCAACACGCUUCCGCGUGAAACAGCAGUGGAGAUCGUAAAGCACGUUUGCCGUGUGCUCCACGUUACCGACAUUACUCUCAUUGCACCGAGCCUUGACAAGAUUUGCAGUGUGGUCGCAGCAGUUCCACGCAUGGAGAGUUUUAUUCAGGAAGUUUACGGAUACGUUUUCUUACAUUUGAAUGACAAUGCUCAGACGACAGACAUAUCUAGCUCUAGCUUUGAGUUGGAAGAGGUGAUUCUUACGCUACGACGGUGGGCGAUGGAGCGAAAAAAACUGCACGCUUUGGAAGAUUUUAAGACAUUAAUUAUCACUGAGCUAUCCAGGCGAACUGUUGAGCCAGGUAUGCCUAAUAACAUGGAGGAGAACAGCAGCCAUGACGAGAGCGCGCCGUGCUACCCAACGACUUUGUCUCGCGCAAUCCACAUUGUUUCAGAACUAGUGAAGCUUGAGAAAAGUAUCAUGCGUCACCGUGAGCUAUACACUCAAGCAGCUGCAGGUGACCUCCUUCCAGACUGGUGUGGUAGUGGUGAAGUAGAGCGAUGUCCAAAUGUUUUGACUAACCAGAUUGUGAGGCACUUUUUACAUGUGUUUCAAGUCAAGAAUAUUGAAGGCGUUCUUCCGAAGAUUAAUGAAAUUUACUUGCAAGUAAAUGAGAUAAAGAACUUCCUACAUGCUAGUCGCGAGAUUUUUCACCUGAGAAACGAUACCUCGUUAGUACACUGCUUGAAUGUCAUCAAGGAGAAACUACAGGUAGGCGCUGUUGAUGCCACUCACGUUCAUGCAGAAAACCUGAGCAGUGACGACACAGAGGGAGAACAUGCUUACGUUGGCAAUAGCCCUAACUUUGUCGUCGAGAAGCGUUGGUCUCAACCGAGCUCACAUGGUGGAAGUUCUCAAGCAGACUUGGUAGGUGUUCGACAAGUUCGGCAAAUGAGUAUUUUAGUUCGGGAGCUCAAACGUGAACUAGGCGCUGCCACGAUGGAUGAUAUCCUUCCGAGGACGAAGCGUUUGAUGGAGCUUCUGAGUCUGUCUAUUCAUGAUGCCGGCCCGGAAGAUGACGACGGAUGA